CUGGGGAUGAAACCAGGAGGGACGCAGCUGCCCCUGGAGGAAGCAGGGCGACAUCCUGUAUACUUGAAAAGAAAACUGAAAGUGCCUUUCUUCACAAGAAACUAUUGUGUUUUCCUCUUUUUUCAUAACCCACAGGGAAGGUGUCAGCCGGCUGGAGCCCACCCCGAGGAGCCCUGUGCUAUAUGAUACGGGUCCUGGUGAUAGGAACCUCUCUUCUGGCUGUUAACAUGCAUUCCUGUGUAGAUGUGGAAAGAGAGAAAGCAUGCCGGAGCGGGAGCUAGGAUAGGAAUGCGUCUGUAGCACAGAGAAGCCGUGCAGCGGGCCUGAGAACUCACAGCAAACCCUGACUAUCUGAGAUCCGCCGAGAUGACUGAAGUGAUGAUGAACACCCCAUCCAUGGAGGAGAUGGGCCUCAGCCCCCGAAAGGACGGCCUUUCCUAUCAGAUCUUCCCCGACCCGUCGGACUUUGACCGCUGCUGCAAGCUCAAGGACCGCCUGCCCUCCAUCGUGGUGGAGCCCACGGAGGGCGAAGUGGAGAGCGGGGAGCUCCGGUGGCCCCCCGAGGAGUUCUUGGUCCAGGAGGAUGAGCCGGACAACUGUGAAGAGACAGAAAAAGACAACAAGGAGCAAUAGAGUCCCUGUCGACUCCCUCGGGGGCCACACCAGACGGCAUCUGUCCCUGAACUGUGUUCUUUCCCAUGGUGAUGGAAGAAGGGAGUGAGCCACAGUCGUUCUGAAAAUGUCAAAUGAUGGCUUCCGUUUUGCACCUGCAAAUCACCGAGUUGGUUUUCUUUUCUUUUCUUUUCUUUUUUUGAAACGUGCUGGGCAGUGGAGCCCUCUGCGACCAUUUGCAAGGCCUUCUGAGAAAGGAAGCUGCUUAGAGCAGGGGUGGGGGGUGUGGGGAGGGAGGUGGUGCGUCUUCGAGAUGGGUAUCUGAACCGGCGCAGGCUAGAGGCAGCGGCGGGAUUCCAGGGGGCCCUGGGGGACUGGGGAGGGGGGUAGGGAGUUGUGCAUCGUCAGUUAGAAACAUUCAGGUUAAGAGAACCAAUGGGAGACAGGAGACGGAAGAUAAAAUACCCGUUUGAAAGGAAGCCUUGAGCAGAGGAGGGCCGCUGGGAAGUUGCCUGCCGGUGGCUGCUGGGGCAUCC